AAACCCAUUAGCAUCUAUCCGUAACCACUUGGCCAUCUUUUGUGCUAUCUAUCCGCCACCGUAUGAUGCGAUUGGAACGACACGACUGAUCUAUUACUAUGCCGGGACCGAUACUACGGAAAGCUUGUGACAGAUGUCACGAGCAGAAAUUAAGUUGCAAACGAGAGGGGGCGGCAGAGUGCGUAAGAUGCUCCAGGGCUGGACAUACCUGCACAACCAGUCCCUCCCUACGAAAUCGAACCAGGCGCAAGAAUGUCUAUAAGAUACGGGCAUCAUCGACUCAGCAAGAAAGUAUGAAAGCGCUCCGGCCCACGCGAUCCGUUCAUUGCUUGAGCAGUGAGUCAUGAUCGUAAAUACUGUGAAAAGUCGUUGCUUACAAGGCUCAGCAUCUGAUAACUAUUUGCCUGCUCCUCCGCCAACUAGUAUAACUAUACCUCAGAUACCCAAUCCGACCAGCUCGCUUUGUAGCGUGAAUUGGAACCUGUCAUUGCAGCAAAUCAUUGGCGGGUUUUCUCAACCAGAUAUAAGUUGGUGGAACGACAUGCAAUCGACUGUGCCCGCUGGUGGAGU